ACGGUAACCGGAAAUAGGGAGGGAGAUCUCGAGCGCACGCGGGUUGCGGCCGGAAGGGCUCCCUGGGUAUGCGACCCGGAGCCGGAAGUGGGCGGACGCUUAAGCAAGUAACACCGGGGCAGCUGAGUGUUGCCACGGGCUGUGCCACACGCCGCCGCGGAGCCGGAAGUGGGGUGUGAGCACACGUGGGCCAGGCCGGGCCCUUUGUUGCUCCGCUGCGGGAUGGGGAGGCCGCGCCGUGCCCCGGUGCGCCGGGAGCCCUCGAAGCCGGAGAGCGAUGGCGGGGAGGAGCCGGAGCCGCCGGCCACGGAGAUCUUCCCAGACGAGGUGGACGAUUUCCCCGAGCAGCAGCUGGCGACGGUGAUGGGCGCCCUGGAGAGCGAGGAGGAGGCGGAGAGCGAGGAGGAGGUGCUGGGGCUGCAGCUGCCGGAGGAGAGCAGCGAUGAUGAGGAGGAAAAAGAUGAAGAGGACGAGGGGGAGGGGGAUGAGGAGCUGUCCAUGCAGAGUGACUUGGAGGAGCCAGACCGGGGCUCCAGGCUGCCUCAUGAGCUCUCCUGGGGCCAGCGGAAGCAGCUCUACUACGACACGGACUAUGGGGCCGAUGCCCACUCCAAAGCCAAGCGGAGCCGUGAGGAGGUCGAGGCCGAGGAGGAGGAAGAGGAGCAGGAAGCUCAGGUCAUCCAGAAGCGGCUGGUGCAGAAUCUGGGUGAAGAUGACUAUGGACUGGAUCUGGUGCAAGGCUACAUAGCUGAGCAGCAGAAAGCCCAGGGGCAGGACAAGGGCCAGAAGAUCGCUAAGGACUUACAGAUGCUUUCCAAGAAAGAGCAGCUGAAGCUGCUGAGGCAGGAAUCGCCAGAGUUACUGCAGCUGAUUGGGGACUUUGAAGCUAAGUUAGCUGAGCUCAAAGACAAGCUGCAUCCACUCAUACAAAUGGUCAAAAAUGGGAUUAUCCCCCAGGGGAAAGGCAGCCACUAUCUGGAGACCAAGUAUCAUCUCUAUUUGAAUUAUUGUGCUAAUAUCAGCUUCUACCUGGUUUUAAAGUCAAAGAGGAUGCCAGUGCAUCGCCAUCCUGUUAUUGAAAGACUGGUUACUUACAGAAAUUUAAUCAAUGACUUGAGCAUUGUGGAUCAGAAGUUAUCAGCAGAAAUUGAGCUGCUCCUUAAAGAAUUCCCCAGUGAGAAGGAAAUUGCAGCGGGAAAGAAGGAACCCACGUUGCUGCUUCAGAGGACUGCUUGUAAAACUAAACCCAAAACUCUUCGUGAGACUUCUAAUGGUCAAGCUGCUGCAAAGGAACUAACGGAUGAUUCAGAUUUUGAUGAAGAGGCAGCCUUGAAAUAUUACAUGGAGAUGGAGGAGAAGGUAAAACUUAAGAGAAAGAAGAGGGAACGCCAAAAUACUAUAGAAGAACCUGUACUGGAAGAAGAAGAAGAUCCAAAUAAAAAGAGAGGUGUAACCUAUCAGAUGGUGAAGAAUAAAGGCCUUGCACCCAAAAGGAAGAAGGCUGAUCGUAACCCAAGAGUCAAGCAUCGUGAGAAAUUCCGUCGUGCUAAGAUUCGUCGGAAGGGUCAAGUCCGAGAGGUGCGGAGGGAGGAGCAGAGAUAUGGCGGUGAACUGUCUGGCAUACGUGCUGGAGUUAAGAAAAGCAGAAAGCUUCAGUGACAUCUUUGUUCUUAGGAGCUGAAGAUGUUGGAUGUGAACCCAAUAAAUAUAUUUUUUAAUAGAACGUUAUGUCUUUUAAUAUGUAAUGUAGACAGAUUACUGAUUUUUUUUUUUUAAUUUAUUUAUUUAUUUUUUUUAUUAAGCUCAUUUUUUGUUUAGGUGCUAGCACAGGGUUAACUAUCUCCAAAAAAUAGCCCAUAACAGUGGGCAUAUAUGUAUUGAGUUGGGAUACUUCACAGGAAUUUGGCAAGUGGGUGGGUCUUGGCAGUAUUUGCUUAAGGAUGAGCAGAGGAAUGAAAUGCUCACAACCACUAUGACCCUCUCUUAUUUAGCAUGUUCUGCUGGUCCAGCUGUUCUGAGCUACAGAGUUUGGUGCCUCUUGCUCAGCUCAUCUUCAUGUUCCUUCCUAUUCUUUGCUUCUUUGGAAAACUGGAAUGUAAUGUAAGAAUUUAAUUACAUGCACAAAUAAAUCACUAAGGAAAGCUUUA